AGAAGAUCCUGGACAAGGUACUUCUAGAGGAUCCUGAAGAGAGAAGUGUCCAGUAAUUUAUUAGACGAGCAGCCUGAGUGUCGCAAUCUUUCGUUUCAACUGUAGAUCAAAAAAAAUAUCCUGUAGAGGAGAGAGUCUAGCCAGUAGUAAAAGAUGAGGGCAGCUAGGGCUUCCGUUUCUCUGCUGGUGCCUGUUUUGGGGCUGCCGGUUUGUGACACUCACUGGACGGAGAGCUAUAGCAGCUUGGAUGACACGCUUUCAGCGGUGCUCCCUUCGGAUGGCUCCUCAGGCGAGCGGGAAGGCGAAGGCGUAUUCAGGUGCUAAAAAAUAGCUUAGAGUUUUCAGGUUCAGGAGGUAGUACUAAAAAUGCCUACAACUAAAAUUGCUUACAGUGAAGAUACAGGGCACAGCAAUCUUCAAUCUAUGAUUAGGGUACUACAAUUUUUAGCAUUGAUUGAGCAUUGUGGCUCAUGAUUAGACUCACUAUUACCCCUCCUACAUACUUCGCGCACUAAUUAAUCAAUACUGUGUACCGAGCAUCCAGCAAGCAUGAAACUGCUGUACUUGUGGUUUAAGGAUCACUUGAUGUUGGGAAUAGCAUGCACUCUUGAGAAAAAGUGCUUGGUCGUAAUAGAAAGAAACUACUUGUUCAUCGACUCCACAGAGAAUGAUCGAGUUUUGUUUACUUCUACGUCAUCAAGUGAUACUCAAAGCAAUGAAGGCGCACACAUGCUUGUUUUUCCAUGCUGAUAAGAAGAAACAGAUCACAAUGUUCAAAACAAAGAAUUAGAGCUUAGCGUGGGGAUUGGGGAAAAUAUUCCUAGAACCGUAACGUAGUUUCAGGAGAAAAUCUAGUGGGUAUUUGGUUCAACUCCCACUGGGGUAUCCAGAAGUACUAAGAUGUAGAUUUUUUAGAGUCAAAGUGCGACGUUUGAGGUUAUGCAUCCUAGAAUUUUGUACGAGUUGGGGACAUAGGAUGAAGUUUUUGAUUGAUUUGGUUCAUACGUAAACUGGAUAAUGAGUGGGUUUUGAGGAGAUUCAAUAGGAGUAUAGAAUGUUAUGUUUGAUGACAUUUCUGGAUGUUUUGGUUGAUUUUUGAAGUGUGUGCAAAGGAGCUCGUCAGAAAUGAAUUUCAUUUAAAACAAGAUAUAAUCAGAAUUUCUUGGAUAUGACUUGAAAACUCCUCAAUUUCUUUUUCGAUUCAAGAUUAUUGUAAGAAUUUCUACAUUCAUACAACUUAGAAUAGUGCAACCCCUAAAAGUUUCAUAAUUUAGAUCUUCUAACAUGAUAAGCAUCAAACAAAACUCUACUUUAGAUGCUGAUAACCAAGAAAUCUACUUAAAAAAUCUAAAUCACAGCAAGAAGGAGUACGCCUGUGCAGCGUGCGUGAAAUUGGUGGUGGAUAGCAAGAGUUGCGACGUUAUUCCCUCGUCAAAAUGCUAUGCCUACGACGUCAUGGGGCAUUUUGGAACGAAGACAGUAGAAAAGGUAUUACACAACUCGAUUCUAAGAGCUGCUGCUUCUUCAUUAGUAUUCUCCACUCUGAAACCGAAAGUCUGCAUCCAUCUCAUGGGUUACGUUUAUCUGGAUUGAUUCUAAGUAUCAUGUUCUUUCCCUCUAAAUCUAAAUCUUUCCUUCGGCGAGACUACUAAAUCCAAAGAAUCUAAUAGUGAAAUCUAUAAAUAAUCUAAAUAGGGAAUCUAAAUAAUCUAAAUAUUUAAAUCUAAAUAAUCUAAAUCUCGUUUACUCACCUUCUUUUCCCAGGUAACAGGCGGCAAAUUGGGUACGACUACGAUUGAGGAUACCACGGACGAAAACUGGACAUACGCGCUGAGUGGCACAUUACGGCUUUUUCAUGGCCAACUCCCAUACUUGAAUAGAAGAUGUUUGCUCAUAACCCGAAAAGGACUCCCUACGAAUAGACGGGGCCAAUACAGUGGCUAUGACUGAAGAGACGACUAUCCUCCAUUUAUAGAUUCCACGAUUACGUAUUUUGAUUGUAAAACUAACACAGGAUGAGGAGUCAUGCUUUCUCUAAGUACAUCAUGUCAUUUCUCUUCUAAGUACGUCCUUACCGGAUGGGGCGGUCGAAUGCGCCCCUGUCCUCUACAAGGCUAUGAAUCCAGAUGCCACCCGACAGGUGAUUGAUGCUGCCUGCGCUUCCGGAAACGCACUCUGUGAUUAUGGUGGAAUUUUAGCUUCGAUGCGGAAGAAUUUCUGCUACUCUUGGAGAAUUUCUGCUACUCCCUUCUCUCCCUCCCCAUUGGAAAAUUUAUCCUCCUCAUCUCCUCUAGAAUGUCUCCUCCUCAUCUCCUCUAGAAUGUCUCCUUCUCAUCUCCUCUAGAAUGUCUCCUUCUCAUCUCCUCUAGAAUGUCUCCUUCUCAUCUUCCCGCCUCCUCUAACCCCAAGACCAUCCGAAUAAGUUCCAGGAGUGCUGCGGAGGCAUGGUGCCGCCGGAUCAGCUGUGUGCCACUGGCAAAUUUUGCUGUGGCGAAGAGGGAAAGAUCACUUUCGGCAAGGACAAGAAGGAGGAGUGCGCAGCUGCCACGAACGCGGCAACAAACGUGUAGAUCGAGACUAACGUGUGGAUUGUGGAUGGAGAUGGGCUUCUCAAGAUUGUGGAGACCUGGAGUUGGGCUAGACACGGUCAAGAUUUUAGUUUAGAUCCGUUUAGCUGUGUGAUUUAGAAAGAUUUAGAUUUAGAGGUGCUUCCGCCUCAGCCCUGCGCAUUAAGCGCCGGAUCCGCAGAUAAGUUAUGAGUGAGUCUCGCCGCGGACUCGCUGACCGGUAGCUCCCCCUACAUGCAGACACUUAGCCCAGAUUCUGACUAGUAGGCUCCCUGCUCUCAAGAACAUUUUGGAGAGAUUUUUGUUUUCGCGUGGGGCUGUUUACGUAGGAGUGCUUCGUUGCUGCAUCAAACACAAACACAUGUUGUUCACGAAUCCUCCAACACGAGACAGUAUCAACAUGGACUUAGCGUAUGCAAUGCACAGUAGACACUCACUCACUCCAAAUCCAAAUCCAAAAAAAAUGCACCAUCAUUGUUUUUCCAUUCGCACAUGCACUUUCUUUUUUGAUUGUUUUUUCCAUUCCACACAAGACGAGACUUACUUUUUUUGUUGACUUCUGGCCACCUGUACUGACGUAUCGACAUUGACUGAGUGGCUUCUGAAUAACGAUUCCGGCAAGCAUGCAUUGUUGGAAGCCGUCCUUUCUUCUUGCUACUGAGCGAUUCUCACUAGUGAGCACGGGUCAAAUGUAAGACUUCUCUGCGCCCACCUUAGCUGGUGCGCUGGCCCUCUGGCCGAAGAGUUUUGAAAAAGUGAGCGUCUGGCGUCACGCAGAUGAUCAGGUGACUAUCGCCAGGUGACGUUUCGGUCUAUACAUUCGGGUUUCUGAAGGUUUUGUUCACGUGAAUAUAUUGACUAUGUAGCAACGCAAAAGAUCUAGG